AUGGCGGCGAUGGCGGCUGGCAGCAGCUCCCAGUGUCUUUUCUUGGCUACCCAAAAUGUCCGACGACAAAGGCUGUUGAGGAAGUGCCGACAGCAACAGCAACACAGCACCACGGCUUCUGGCUUCGCCGGCAAACACAGCAGCGGCGACAACUUGUCGUUAACUAACACGGGCAGCGGCACCAACGGCGAUAUCGGCAGCGCUGGAGGUGAAGGGGGUGGUAACGGGCGUUUAGAAGCUUGUUGGCGUCCACAGUUGGCGGUGGCUCACGUCUUCAGCGGGAUGGCACAGUGGCGACUCGUUCUCGGCGGAAACGAAGCAACCAUCGACGGCAGUGAGGCUGUGGCGACGUUCGAUGGUCGACGACCUCCAUAG